CGAGCCUGACCAGAACUAGAAUGGAACACAGCUGAAUGCCACCCCUCUCUUCUCUCUUGCAGAGUCUGGCCACAGAUAAGGGACCAAAAUGACGGACUCAAAAUAUUUCACCACGACCAAGAAAGGGGAGAUAUUUGAACUGAAAGCCGAGCUCAACAGUGACAAGAAGGAGAAGAAGAAAGAGGCGGUGAAGAAAGUGAUUGCAUCGAUGACCGUGGGCAAAGAUGUCAGUGCCCUCUUCCCCGAUGUGGUGAACUGUAUGCAGACGGACAACCUGGAGCUGAAGAAGCUGGUGUACCUAUACUUGAUGAACUAUGCCAAGAGCCAGCCUGACAUGGCCAUCAUGGCUGUCAACACCUUUGUGAAGGACUGUGAGGAUCCCAACCCCCUCAUCCGGGCCCUGGCCGUGCGGACCAUGGGCUGCAUCCGAGUGGACAAGAUCACGGAGUACCUGUGCGAGCCACUCCGGAAGUGCCUCAAGGAUGAAGAUCCAUAUGUGCGCAAGACAGCAGCUGUGUGCGUGGCCAAGCUUCAUGACAUCAAUGCCCAGCUGGUAGAGGACCAGGGCUUCCUGGACACCCUUAAAGACCUCAUCUCCGACUCUAACCCCAUGGUCGUGGCAAAUGCAGUGGCUGCCCUCUCGGAGAUCGCGGAGUCUCAUCCCAGCAGCAACCUGCUUGACUUGAACCCGCAGUCCAUUAACAAGCUGCUGACAGCUCUGAACGAGUGCACUGAGUGGGGCCAGAUCUUCAUCCUAGACUGCCUGGCCAACUACACCCCCAAGGAUGACCGAGAGGCCCAGAGCAUCUGUGAGCGGGUCACCCCUAGGCUCUCCCAUGCCAACUCUGCUGUGGUGCUGUCUGCCGUGAAGGUGCUGAUGAAGUUCAUGGAGAUGCUGUCCAAGGACCUGGACUACUACGGCACACUGCUCAAGAAGCUGGCCCCACCCCUCGUCACGCUGCUGUCAGCUGAGCCGGAGCUGCAGUACGUGGCCCUGCGCAACAUCAACCUCAUCGUGCAGAAAAGGCCCGAGAUCCUAAAGCACGAGAUGAAGGUCUUCUUUGUGAAGUACAACGACCCCAUCUACGUGAAACUGGAAAAGCUGGACAUCAUGAUCCGCCUGGCCUCCCAGGCCAACAUCGCCCAGGUGCUGGCAGAGCUGAAAGAGUAUGCGACAGAAGUGGAUGUGGACUUCGUCCGAAAGGCUGUGCGUGCGAUUGGCCGCUGUGCUAUCAAGGUGGAGCAAUCUGCAGAGCGCUGUGUGAGCACGCUGCUCGAUCUCAUCCAGACCAAGGUCAACUAUGUGGUCCAGGAAGCCAUCGUGGUCAUUAAGGACAUCUUCCGCAAGUAUCCCAACAAGUAUGAGAGUGUGAUCGCCACUCUGUGUGAGAACCUGGACUCCCUGGAUGAGCCCGAAGCCCGAGCUGCCAUGAUCUGGAUCGUAGGCGAAUAUGCCGAGCGGAUUGACAAUGCAGACGAGUUGCUGGAGAGCUUCCUGGAGGGCUUCCAUGACGAGAGCACCCAGGUCCAGCUGCAGCUGCUGACAGCCAUCGUGAAACUCUUUCUGAAGAAGCCAACAGAGACCCAGGAAUUGGUGCAGCAGGUCCUCAGUUUGGCCACUCAGGACUCAGAUAACCCGGACCUGCGGGACCGAGGCUACAUCUACUGGCGUCUGCUUUCCACGGACCCGGUGGCUGCCAAAGAGGUGGUGUUGGCGGAGAAGCCGCUCAUCUCCGAAGAGACGGACCUCAUCGAGCCCACGCUGCUGGACGAGCUCAUCUGCUACAUCGGCACUCUGGCCUCCGUCUACCAUAAGCCGCCCAGCGCCUUUGUGGAGGGGGGCCGGGGUGUGGUGCACAAGAGCCUGCCACCCCGCACCGCCUCAAGCGAGAGCACAGAGAGCCCGGAAACCGCCCCUGCUGGAGCAGCCCCCGGUGAGCAGCCAGAUGUCAUUCCUGCACAGGGCGACCUGCUCGGUGACCUCCUCAACCUGGAUCUCGGCCCCCCGGUGAGCGGCCCGCCCCUGGCCACCUCCUCGGUGCAGAUGGGAGCUGUGGACCUUCUUGGCGGUGGCCUCGACAGCCUGAUGGGGGAUGAGCCUGAAGGGAUUGGGGGCACCAACUUGGUGGCACCUCCAGCAGCUACAGUACCAGCCAACCUAGGAGCACCCAUGGGCGGUGGCCUGAGCGACCUCUUUGACCUGACCAGUGGGGUGGGCACCCUGUCAGGAUCAUACGUGGCCCCCAAAGCAGUCUGGCUCCCCGCCAUGAAGGCCAAGGGACUGGAGAUCUCGGGCACCUUCACCCGCCAGGUGGGCUCCAUCUCCAUGGACCUGCAGCUGACCAACAAGGCCCUGCAGGUCAUGGCUGACUUCGCCAUCCAGUUCAACCGCAACAGCUUUGGCCUGGCCCCCGCCGCCCCCCUCCAGGUCCACGCGCCACUCAGCCCCAACCAGACCGUGGAGAUCUCCCUGCCUCUCAGCACGGUGGGCUCAGUCAUGAAGAUGGAGCCUCUGAACAAUCUCCAGGUGGCUGUGAAGAACAACAUCGACGUCUUCUACUUCAGCACCUUGUACCCCCUGCACAUCCUCUUUGUGGAGGAUGGGAAGAUGGACCGGCAGAUGUUCCUGGCCACAUGGAAAGACAUUCCCAAUGAGAACGAAGCUCAGUUCCAGAUCAGAGACUGCCCCCUGAACGCAGAGGCUGUGAGCGGCAAGCUGCAGAGCAGCAACAUCUUCACCAUCGCCAAGAGGAACGUGGAGGGCCAGGACAUGCUCUACCAGUCCCUGAAGCUGACCAACGGCAUCUGGGUGCUGGCAGAGCUGCGGGUCCAGCCGGGCAACCCCAGCCUCACGGACUUGGAGCUGUCCCUGAAGUGUCGAGCACCAGAGGUGUCCCUGCACGUCUACCAGGCCUACGAGACCAUCCUCAAGAACUGAGGCCCUGUCAGCACCCACCCCAGCCGUCUCCGGUCCCACCAAGAAAGCCCCGGGGGGGUUAGCACCUCCUCUCCCUCACAGGAGGGGCCGGGCUGGGCUCCUGGCCCCCAGGGGGCUCCCUGGUCCUGACUGCAGCCCCCACCUGGGGCGGCGCCCCUCCUAGGGUGAACUCUCCAUGUCCUGGGAUGCCCCUCUUCUGUUGCUGCUGACGUUUGGGGUCAGGUGAGGAGGGGACCAAAGGAAAUAGAGCCAGAACGCAGCAGAGGCUGCCCGGGGGCCCAGGCUGCUGCUCUUCCUUCCCCCCCAGGCCCCGAUUCUCAGGCUUCCCAGGGUUGGUGUUAGAGGCCUUCUUUCCCACCACCGCCCAUUGGCUGGGCCUGCCAGCCUGUCCUGGGCACAUGGGGAGGCCCCAUGGUACCAGAGCAGCUGCCAUCAGGGCCAGGGGCUCCGGGGUUCUCCAUCGGUGCUGGCAGAGGGCAGAGCUGAAGUGGGGAGCCCAGGGCCUGCCCCACCCACCUGCAUCUGCCAGGCUGGUCCCCUCGGCCCCUAAGCGGCGACCCUCAUGGUCAAGAUCAGGCAGAGGCUCCCAAAGCCCCUGUUCCAGGCUCCUGUCCCCACUGCCUGUUUCUGCCCCUGAAGACGGUCACUGCCGAUGGUAGGUUCCUCCGUGUCCCCUCAGCCAGCCCAGGGCUCUGGAGCAGAAAGGGCCAAGGGAGGGGCUGCAGUGGGCUCGCAAGGUGUUUGGAAUUUCUCUGGGUUUCUCUUUAGUGUCUGCUACCCUCUUCCUGGCCCCCCGAGUCUCAGUGUGUCCGACAGCAUUAGGUAGUCCUGUUACCGCUGUUAAUAAUAAAGGACGAGUCUGCUUUUGGCAAUCACAGACACUUUUUUCCCUCUCCACCAAAUGUCCAGGUUGGGGACGGCCCGGAGUGGCUAGGGAUGGCUUCUGACCCCUGCGGUAACUGUAUCAAAUAUAUAUAAAUAGACAAUAUAUAUUGUAUGUUUACUCUUAUUUUCCAAAAGAGAAUGAAUAAAAAUGAUGACAU